AUGGUCAUAGCACGAACACAGGAGAGAAGGGUGAGGUUGGACCAGGGUGAACCCUCAAUCAUCCGACUGAAGCUCCAUAAAGUACUGCACCAUGGUCCCCAUGAAAACUAUUUGUUCUCUGUCCAUUGUAAAUGCAGGGACCUCACGGCCAAUCACACAGUGGAGAUGGACUGCUCCUCACUCAGUUCUCUGCAGCAGGCAGAUCCAGUUGGUACACGGCUUUCUCUUUCUGCUCAUUUACUUAGAGACUAUCUUGGGGAAUCUUGUCAUCGUCACCUUUGUCACCGUGGACCAUUGUCUUCAAACCCCAUGUACUUCUUCCUGAAAAACUUGUCCUCCCUUGACACAGGCCUCAUUUUGGUCAUGAUUCCAAACCCCAUUUUGAACUGUUGGACAGACAGGAGCAACAUCUCUUUCCCAGGAUGUGUGUGUCAACUCUUCUUGGUGGUUCACUUUUCUGGGUGUGAGCUUUCUCUCCUCACAGCCAUAUCCUGUGAUUGCUAUGUGGCCCUCUGUCACCCACUGCAUUAUGAGGUCAUUAUGAACAAGUCAAUCUGCAUGCAGAUAGCUGCCUCUUGGUUGUUUGGAGGUUUUAUUGGCAUCUUGUAUACUGCUGGAACUUUCUCUUUGUCUUUCUGUGGCUCCGGAAAACUCCCACAGUUUUUCUGUGAUGUCCCCUCUCUACUGAAGAUUUCUUGCCCUAAGAUCCAUGUCACCAUUGAAGUUCCUGUGGCCAUUGCUAAUGUUUCAUCAAGAAUCAUCAAUGGUUCGGUGGACACAGAGUUUCUUCUCUUGGGUUUCUCUGGCCCAUGGCUGCUUCAACUCCUGUAUGCUGGGGUUUUCACAGUGAUUUACGUGGCAGCUGUCUUGGAGAAUGUUCUAGUCAUCACUGUCACUUCCUUGGACCCCUGCCUCCACGCACCCAUGUACUUUUUCUUAAGGAUCCUGUCCAUCUUUGAUCUCUCCCUCAUUUCUGCUGUGGUGCCAAAAACUAUCGCUAACUCCAUCACCCACCAAAACUCCAUCUCUUUCCUUGGCUGUGUGGCCCAGGUCUUUCUGGUACUAUUUUCAGCUGACACGGGGCUUUGCCUCCUUACAGUCAUGUCCAUUGAUCGCUAUGCUGCCAUUUGUCAUCCUCUGCACUAUGAAGUCAUCAUGAACAGAAGCACAUGUAUGCAGAUGGCCACUUUUUCCUGGCUCAACAGUGCCGUGAUAUCGGCUAUACACACAAUGAGUACCUUUUCUUUGUCUUAUUGUGGACAGCAUGAAAUCCACCAGUUUUUCUGUGAUAUUCCCCAGUUGCUAGCUAUUACUUGUUCAAAGCAUAUCAUUGUAGAAAUUGUUCUUAUUCUCAUUAAUGUGGUACUUGAUUUUUGCUACUUUUUCUGUAUCAUAAUCUCCUAUAUCUAUAUCUUCUCCACUGUCAGGAAGAUUCCAUCUGCAGAAGGCCAGGCAAAAGCCUAUUCCACUUGCCUCCCUCACCUAACAGUUGUAGCUCUAUUUCUCUCAACUGGUUUUAUUGCUUACCUGAAACCUACCAUAGGGUCUUCAUCAUCUACAGAUCUCAUUCUAUCUGCUUGCUAUAUUGUGUUACCCCCUUCCCUUAACCCAGUCAUAUACAGCCUAAGAAACAGAGCUAUGAAGGCAGGGUUGGAAAAACUGAUAAGAAGAAAAUUUUUGUCUAAACAGAAUAUUCUUCUGUUUCUUCGAGACUAA